CUGCUUGUCUUUUGUGUGCACUCUGCUCCUCAACUUCAUCAUUAUCAAAAGAAAUUUUGCAUCAUAGAAUCAAAAUGUUGUCCAUUUUAUUUUUUUGUUACCUUACAGGUUUUUCUCUGGGGAUUGACAUCCAUCAGUUUCCUUCUAAUGUCAUCAGCAAAACGGGGUCUGAAGUUGUGCUUUUCUGCUCACACGAACAGGCCAGUCACAGAGUCAUACUGUGGUACCAGAAGUCUCCUGGAGACGAGGAUCUGAAACUCAUCGGAUAUGGAUAUGGACAGUUCAAUAACGACAGCGUGGAAGAAACGUUUAAGAAACAUUUUAGAUUAGAUGGAGAUUUACAGUCAGCCAAGAAAAACCUCUCCCUUUCUAUAGUUGGUCUGAAGGUUGAACACACGGCGACAUACUACUGUGCAACAAGGGAAGCACACUAUUUUUCAGAUGCUGUAAAUAUUCACCAGCCUCCAUCUGAGUUGGUCAGAGAUGGAGAACAGAGUGUGACCCUCAAGUGUGAGCAGGACAGUGAUCAGAUUUACUACAUGUACUGGUACAGACAAGCAAGUAGUGGGGAAAUGGAGUUAGUGGCGUAUUCUGCUAGUAAAGAUGCAUCAAGCAUUGAAGCUCCAUUCAACAACUCUAAAUACACCAUGACCCGUCGAGAGCUGCGGAGAACUGAGCUGCAGAUUCACCCUGCUGAGGCCAAAGACUCUGCUGUGUAUUACUCUGUUUCUAUCACUGAUUCAGCUCACUGUGCGAGCACGUCUGAAGCUAUCUUUGGUGGAGGGACUAAACUGACUGUUUUAGAUAAAAACAUUCCUAUCACACCCCCUAAAGUGAAGAUUUUCUACCCUUCUGAAAAGGAAUGCAGAGACUAUGACAGGAAGAAGAAGAGGACCCUGCUCUGCGUUGCCUCUGAUUUCUAUCCAGAUCAUGUCAGCGUGUACUGGAAGCGCAAUGGAAGGAACAUCACUAAUGGUGUGGCAACUGACCCUGCAGCCAAGAAAGAGGAAAAAAAAUACAAAAUCACCAGCAGGCUGAAGAUCCCUCUGGAGGAAUGGGUUGAUCCAAAUAAUAAAUAUACCUGCAUCGUCACCUUCUUUGAUGGAAAGAAUUACACUGAUUACAAUGACAACAUUGAAGGUUUGUUCCUUAAACACAUAAUUAUCCUAAAUCUAUUAUUUAAGAUAGCCAUCACUCGAGGGUAUUACAUGAGGGUCACCCAGAACGCCAAAGUCUCCUACACCGUCCUGAUCGUGAAGAGCUGCGUCUACGGAGCCUUCGUCUGCUUCCUGGUGUGGAAGCUUCAGGGAAAACGUGGAAAGCAGAGAAAGUGA